CGAAGGUCCGCGGCCAGAUCGCUCGACCUGCUGCAGCUCACGACCCACAUCGCGUCAUCCGCCUCGGCCCACUCGCGUUGGCCUUCGUGGCGCGUGAGGCUUGGGGCUCUCGCGGCUCCCAGCUUUUGUGAUCCACUCGGCUGGCCUCCUAGUCUGCUUAGGGGCGGGCGGGUAGGCGGGCGGCAGCGGCGCCCCGGCAUGGCUUCUGCGGGCAGCGGCAUGGAAGAGGUGCGCGUGUCGGUGCUCACGCCGCUGAAGCUUGUCGGGCUGGUGUGCAUCUUCCUGGCUCUGUGUCUGGACAUGGGCGCCGUGCUCAGCCCGGCCUGGGUCACGGCCGACCACCAGUACUACCUGUCCCUGUGGGAGUCGUGCCGGAAGCCCGCCAGCUUGGACAUCUGGCAUUGCGAGUCCACACUCAGCAGCGAUUGGCAGAUUGCUACUCUGGCUUUACUCCUGGGAGGUGCUGCCAUUAUUCUCAUUGCAUUCCUGGUGGGUUUGAUUUCUAUCUGCGUGGGAUCACGAAGGCGCUUCUACAGACCUGUUGCUGUCAUGCUUUUUGCAGCAGUUGUUUUGCAGGUUUGCAGCCUGGUUCUUUACCCAAUCAAGUUCAUUGAAACUGUGAGCUUGAAAAUUUACCAUGAGUUCAACUGGGGUUAUGGCCUGGCAUGGGGCGCAACUAUAUUUUCAUUUGGGGGUGCCAUUCUUUAUUGCCUGAACCCUAAGAACUAUGAAGACUACUACUAAGACAAAGUCUCAGAAAAAAAAAAAAGAAAACAACCAUUCAACAAAAGAUAAAUGUCUGCAUCUUUUCUAACACUAUUUUCUAGAGCACUUGUGGAGGAGCACCAAGCAAUUUGUUCAGUUGAUUUAAUACCCUUCCCCUUUUAGCUGGCAGCUCAUAAAUAGCUUUUACAUUUGUUUUAAGGACCCACACAAAUUAAGAAAGCUGAUUAGACAUAGGCAAAUGCUGCAAAUUUAUCAUAUGUUCAUGCCAUUUUUCUUGACAAGCAAAGGGUCAUAUGAAAGGAACGAUUGUAAGAAGCUACUUGGAAUGAGAAUUGCCUGAAUUUCCUAUUGCCUGCAGGGGAGCAGCUGACCAUAAGCAACUUUUAGAAGUUCCUUUGCUCUGACAAGGAUCUCACUGAUUAUCACCUGCCCAUUCUACCCAGUAACUGCACUGGUUGUUGGUUAUUUACUUAAGUUAGCUUUUAAAAAGCUAACUACACUUCAGGCAUCUAAUGAGAGUUGUGAAUAUAACUUACUAAUGAUACACAUUCCACCUUCAAGAAUAUUCUUUUAGAGGGAGGUUGUAGUUUGGUAAUUAACAUCUCCUGGGAAGGAAGUCAAGACUUAGAGACAUAUGCUUCUCAUUAUGUGAUUAGAAAAUAGUUCUUCAGCUUCAUAUAGAAUGGUUGGGUAUGUGUGAAAACUGAAGAUUUUUGCUUUGCCUUGGGAAUCAGAAAGAAAUAUGCAUGAGUUUCUUUUGUGCCCUUUGAAUCAUUUACCAAACUUUGCAGCAAACAAUUGUGCAUAUGUAACAAGCUUAACUUUUUAUAGGUGAAUCAUUAGUAUCAGUAGUAAUAAGUUGUUUCUUAAUCCUCCACAUACAUUUACUGAUUACACAUGUAAUUAAUAUUUGCUCUAGUAAAGUGAUUUGAACACUAACCUUAUACACAUUAGAAAGCUUAGAUUGGUAUUCACACGUAUUUACUGUACAAAAGUACACACGUACUUAAAGCUUUUGCUCUAUGUUCUCUAAGAAGAGAAAUUAGAAUGGUGUUAACCUGAAAAUUAAUGAUCCCUCUGUAAGCACUGUAGUUCAAAAGAGAGUAGCAAUUAGGAUGAUCAAUUUGUGUAAAAUUCAUUAAAAUACAAGGCUGCUAUUUUUUCAAGUAUUUUAAAUGUCUUCAUUUUAAAAGAAAGAUAUAGCAUUAAAUUUAUAUUAAUGUGUAAAUGUCUCAUUAGAGGAGAAAAAUUCAUUUGAAUGUCAUCUGUUCCUCUGAAAUUAACUGAUGGGCUUAAUUGAUUUGUGUAUGAUCAGUUUAUGUUAGGGUAUUACUGACUGUUUCAAGACAAGAAAACAUCAAUAAUAAGAAAUAAGUUUGCAGGUAAUCUCAUACCACAAACUUGUGUUAAUUCUUUUAAUACACAAAUUUGAAUAGUUUAAUUAUAAACCUAUUUUUAUAUAAAAUAUGCAAUUCUAAUAUGAAAAUUAUAAAUAAUUAUUUUUGUUAAUAAAGACACUAAAAUGGUAUGUUCUGGUUUAGCCCUCUUGAAGAAAGCAUUGAAAAAAUAACUUUAAAAUGUAUUUCUGUCCUAAUAUAUUAUAAAAUCCAUUGAGAGCAGGGCCAUAUCAAUAGUGUUCAAUAAUUUGUUUUAUCUCCCACAGCAAAGUUCUGCUUUCAGAUUGUCUUAAGAAUAGUUGCUAAAAAUAAUGCCCCCCCCAACAAUAAUAAUGGCCCUCCCCUUUCCCAAAAGUAUUUUAUUAUUCAUAUGCCAAAAAUCACCCCCAAAUUUUCUAUAAAAUCACAAUAUAAAUAUAAAGUCCAGUGAAUAUAAAUACCAGGAUUAUUCUUAUUUUAGUAAUGGUAGACAAAAAUGAUUAAAUGCAUCCCACAGAGAAAACUUUACAAAUGUAUGAUUCUCUAAAGAAUCAAAUAAACUGAGUGGAAAUUGUCCAGAAGGUGUUAUAGAAUAUCUUGAAGUAGGGAUUAGGGAUGUAGCUCAGUUGGUAGAGUGCUUGCCUAGCAUGUUUUAAGCCCUGGGUUCAAACCCCCAACGCCAUAUAAACCACAUUUGUAACUGUAUAAACCAUGUGGUGUCACAUACAUGAAAUCCUCAGGAUUUGGAAGCAGGAGGAUCAGAAAUUUAAGGGCCAGCCUUACCUAUGUAGUGAGUUUGAGGCCAGCCUGGGAUAUAUGAGAACACACACACACACACACACACACACACACACACACACACACACAUAUAGACCGUUUUCUUGAGAAAUUUUAAAAUCUUGGGCAGAUUCCUGAAGUUCAUUGCAUAUUGUCAGGCAGUAUGAGCUAUAUGGUAUUUGGGUAGAGAUUUCAUUUCUGAAGUAUGAGGUGAUCUCUAUUCCUAAAUAAUGGAAAAUGGGUACUUUAGUGCUGACAUCAGUGAGGCUUAUUGGAGGAUGCAGAGUGCUAUUAGAACAAUCUAGAAUCUUACCAAGUUGUCAUUCUCUGGCAAUAUGACAAGCUGGACAGUAUGGAAUAUGUUGAGGCACAUUUGCAGUUUACUGAAAAGUAGAUUUUGUCUAUAACUUUCACCCUUCCUGGUAUCAAGACCUAUACUGUAUUUUUACUGUCACUAAUAAUUGAAAUUCUGUUAUUACUAAAGCUCAGUAAAAUAGGAAAAUUGUUGCUCAUUCAAAAUACUUUGUCUAUCAGAAUAAAUGCAAGUGGAAUUUUCACCUUCAGUAGCAUCAUGUCUUUGCAGCAUUAGAUCUAUUUGAUGUUUUCUUAAAAUUGUUAACCACAAGUCCAUUGUUUAUCUUAGAGAGGUAAUAUAUAUACACACAAAUAUCAUACAAGUACUCAGCAGGGCUAGUUAUACAGAUUUCUCGCAGAAGUAUUUAGCUUUUUGUAAGUUCAACAUGUAAAUGUUAAAGACAUAAAUAUAGAGAGAGACCUAAUGUGUUUGAAAUAUAAAUGAUAUAUAUGGAUCAGCAUGUACCUGUAUAUUAUUAAACAUGCAAUGAACUGACUGGUAAGUGAUGUCUAAUUGUAUGGCUAGCAAUGUAAUUUAUUCAGACUGUAUUUUUGUACAGAGCAGCACACACUAACCUAUGCCUCUGUGUCCUCUUUAAUGCCUAAAACUGUGCCUAGAAAUUUCAUCUGUCUUAAAUAAAAUAUACUUCAUGUUGUUUAUGCUGAGUUUCUCUACUGAUAUUUAUUACUUUUAAGUAUAUGACAUGUUUACGACAUAAAUUGAAUUUAUGGUAUUCUGGUUACUUUCUUAAAAUAGUCAUCUGGGGAAACCUGAUAGUCACUCCAAUGAUUUUGAAUUUGCAGUUUCAUGAUUAGUUCAUAUCAUGAUUUUGUAGUUGACAUGAAGUUAUCUGUGUGGAAAAAUAAAAAUAAAAGUGGUUUCACUGGUA